UUCCGCUGGAAGCAUUUAAGGCAGAGCGCUUGGUUCAAACCACAGCUGCAGGACUCAAGACCUUGAACGGUUCAGGGAGAGCAAACCCUUGAGUGCAGCCACAUUGCCACAUCUGCCAGCAAACUAUGUUGCUAGCCACAUUUAAGCUGUGUGCUGGGAGCUCCUACAGACACAUGCGGAACAUGAAAGGACUCAGGCACCAAGCUGUGCUGGCCAUUGGCCAGGAGCUGAACCGGAGAACACUGGGAGACGCCAGUCCUGGGUGGAUCAGUCAGGUUCGGCGUCGGAGCUCACUGCUUGGUUCUCAGCUGGAAGCGGCACUCUAUAGUGAGCAGGAGCUGUCCUACAUCCAGCAGGGAGAGGUGGCUAUGCAGAAGGCCUUGGGCAUCCUCAGCAACCAGGAAGGCUGGAAGAAGGAGACCCAGCAGGAAAAUGGUGAUGAAGUGCUAAGUAAAGUAGUCCCGGAUGUGGGCAAGGUGUUUCGGUUGGAGGUAGUGGUAGACCAGCCUAUGGACAGACUCUAUGAAGAACUUGUGGACCGCAUGGAGGCUAUGGGAGAGUGGAACCCAAACGUCAAGGAGAUCAAGGUCCUGCAAAAGAUCGGGAAAAACACAAUCAUCACUCAUGAGCUGGCUGCAGCAGCAGCAGGAAACCUGGUGGGGCCCCGUGACUUUGUGAGCGUGCGCUGUGCCAAGCGCAGAGGCUCCACCUGUGUGUUGGCAGGCGUGGCCACACAUUUUGGGGAGAUGCCCGAACAAAGCGGUGUCAUCAGAGCUGAACACGGUCCCACCUGCAUGGUGCUUCACCCGGUGGCUGGAAGUCCCUCAAAGACUAAAUUCACUUGGCUCCUCAGUAUUGACCUCAAGGGGUGGCUGCCGAAGACCAUCAUCAACCAGGUCUUAUCGCAAACCCAGAUGGACUUUGCCAACCAUCUGCGCAAGCGCCUGGAGUCCAGCCCUGCCUCUGAAGCCCGGUGUUAACUGUGCCCACUACAUCAACCUGUACACCAACAGCAGACUCCUGCAGGAAGCCUUCAAGUCCGUUAAAAUCUUCAGCUGGUUUAACGGGAGGAGUAGCCAUCAGAAUCUAGGACUGGCUAGUAAAAACUGGCCAUCAGGAAAAUAGAAAUGAGGCUGAAAAAAGACCUCUAGCCUCUCCCACUGAUUAGCUGUGAAGUGGAGGCUAAGGGAUAGACAUCUGUUAAACCAUUCCAGUAGCUGAUGUGACAAGGUGGGGUGCUCAAAGCCACAGCCUCAAGCAAUGUGCACAGAGCAGUUUUAUGCAGGGAAACUCCAGUGACCUGCUCCUCCAUAAAAGGCCCAGAACAACAAACUACCCACAAAUGGACCCUUCCCCAGCAUAUUCCAAGUUUUGCCUAAAAAGAAACAAACUAGUUAUUCUGCUGGCUUCCCUACUUACUCGGUCACAAUAAAGCACCAUCCAUGCAAAUCUCA